ACAAUUAUAUUUCUUCUUCCGGAUAUUAUAUUUUAUUAUCAUACGAGUAUUUUUUUUUGUUAGGAUUAUUGUAGAUUACGUGUAUAUAUAGCUAGAUAUACAGAGAGAGUAGUGUAUAUUAAUUAAAUAUAUAUCAUGCUGGAUCAUCAACGUAAUGGGUUGGUGGCCGGAAAUGAGAUGGAGGCGGUGGGGAGGUGGUCGGUGUUGUUUUAUGGGGUGGGUCAUAUGCUAAAUGACAUAACAGCUGCCUGCUGGUUUACUUAUCUUUUGGUUUUUAUCACCGAUAUUGGUUUAUCCCCCAGGGAUGCUGCUACUGUUAUGCUUUCUGGUCAGAUAGCUGAUGGAUUGACAACUAUCUUUGCUGGUGAACUGAUCGACAGGUUCGGACAUUUUAAGAUAUGGCACGGAGCAGGGUCAAUUCUUGUAGCUGUUUCAUUUUCUUCUGUAUUUGGAAGCUGUGUUCCUUGUAUUAUUUUCGGCAGUGAAUCAACUUCAUUGCAAACAAUUGGUUACAGUUUUUUCGCAGCCGUGUUCAAUGUGGGAUGGGCUGCUACCCAAGUCUCACACAUGUCUAUGGUGAAUUGUAUCACCCUUAAUUCAACAAGCAGGGUUGUAUUGACUAGUUGUCGGAAUGCGUUUUCGAUGGUUGCCAACCUGAGCUUAUAUGCAAUUGCCUUCACGGUCUUCCAUAUACGUCCUUCAAAAACCACAGAGGAUAUUGAAAAUCAGUAUCGAUGGAUUGCAUACUCAUCAAUAUUCAUUGGAUGUUGCUUUGUGGCUGUAUUUCACAUUGGGACAAAAGAGCCAAGGUUGAAAGAAGACGCUCGAGGCCAUGCUUAUCAAAAGAUAUCAUGGACUUACUGGUUUAAGAAAGUUCUAUACUAUCAAGUUGCUCUCGUCUAUAUGCUCACACGGCUAAUUACCAAUGUUUCACAGGCAUUCCUUGCGUUCUAUGUCGUUAAUGAUCUUCGGAUGGCCCUAUCAUCUAAAGCAUCGAUUCCAGCCAUGAUCUACAUCUUUAGCUUCAUCGUAUCCAUUGUACUACAGGAACUCACGUGGACCGGCCAACGCUUGAAAGUAUUCUUUGGAGUUGGAGGGAUUUUGUGGAUACUUUGUGGCACAGCCAUUUUCUUUAUGCCAACUAACAUGAAGGAAAUGAUGUAUUUACUUUCAUUAGUCAUUGGUAUUGCAAAUGCACUCAUAACGGUCACUGGAGUAAGCAUGCAAAGCUACCUAGUCGGUGAAGAUGUCAAAGGUUGUGCAUUUGUUUACGGAUCAUUGAGUUUCCUUGACAAGAUAUCAUGUGGGCUUGCUCUGUGGGUACUUGAGUCAUAUCAAACUACCUCUACAGCCCUGAAGGACUGCAGUCCGGUUUGUUCAUGUUUUUCUAUUUCAAGAUACGGAUUUGGUCUUGUGCCCGCUAUUUGUGCACUUGCUGCAGUGGUUGUGACAUGUACCAUGAAGCUCGAGAAACCCCGUUUAAGAUCUUUGAAGGUGCCUCUUCUGGAAUAGCUAGGGAUACAGUAGUGGAAGUCCAUGAACUCAUUCAUCACACAUAUUUCUUUCAUUUGAUUGAAAAAGCCGCUCUAAGUUAAGACUUUUAGCUGAUUAACAUCCCCACAAAUUUGAUUGAGAAGAGAGGGUGGAAGCGUAAGCUAUGAUAGUAUACAGACAAAAGAUCAUAUGUUUUAUUUAACAAAUAUUUGAUAUUCUGUUUACAUUUUUUGCAUAAUGUAUAUACUUUAAACACCUA